CAACAAUAUGCCAUUGUCACGUUCCCUUUCCAUGACGUCCCUGAGUGGACUGUUUCCAGCCUGGGAGGAAGAUGAGCUGCCUGUGGAGGACCUGCUGCUAUUCGAAGUGGCUUGGGAGGUCACCAACAAAGUUGGAGGAAUUUACACUGUUAUCCAGUCUAAGGCUAAAGUCACGGUAGACGAAUGGGGGGAGAACUACUUCAUGAUGGGACCAUACUUUGAACACAACUUCAAGACACAAGUGGAAGGCUGUGUUCCACCCAACGCUGCCAUCCAGAAGGCGAUGGAUGCUCUGACCAACAAUGGCUGCCAGGUUCAUUUUGGCCGCUGGCUGAUUGAGGGCAGCCCGUAUGUCAUCCUGUUCGACAUCUGCUCUGCAGCGUGGAACCUGGACAGAUGGAAGGGGGACUUAUGGGAGACCUGCCAUAUUGGUUUGCCAUAUCAUGACCGGGAGGCCAACGACUCACUCCUUCUGGGCUCAUUAAUUGCCUGGUUCUUCAAAGAGCUCACAGACACACUUGGAGACAAGCCCAAUGUCAUUGGUCACUUCCAUGAGUGGCAGGCAGGGCCUGGGCUUAUUCUGUCUCGCUCCCGCAACAUUCCUAUGGCAACAGUCUUUACUACCCAUGCAACUCUGCUUGGAAGAUAUCUGUGUGCUGGGAGUGUUGACUUUUACAACAACUUGGAUAAGUUCAAUGUUGACAAGGAAGCAGGAGAGAGGCAGAUCUACCAUCGGUACUGCCUGGAACGAGCAGCAGUGCACUGUGCUCACGUUUUCACGACGGUCUCCCAGAUCACAGCUGUGGAGGCCAACCACAUGCUGCACAGGAAGCCAGAUGUGGUGACCCCAAACGGGCUGAAUGUGAAGAAGUUCUCAGCCAUGCAUGACUUUCAGAACCUUCACUCCGCCCACAAGAACCGCAUCAAGGAGUUUGUCAGAGGUCACUUCUAUGGGCAUCUUGACUUCAACCUGGAUAAAACCCUGUUCUUUUUUAUUGCUGGAAGAUAUGAAUUCUCCAACAAGGGAGCGGAUAUUUUCCUUGAAUCCCUCUCUAGGCUCAACUAUUUGCUGCGGAUCCACAGGAAUGACCUGACAGUGGUAGUUUUCUUCAUCAUGCCAGCUGAAAGCAACACCUUCAAUGUGGAGUCGCUGAAGGGGCAGGCGGUGCGCAAGCAGCUCUGGUAGACACUUUUCAAUGUGAAAGAGAAGUUUGGAAAAAAGCUUUAUGAAUCUUUGCUGACAGGCCAGAUCCCUGACAGGAAUAGCAUUCUGGACAGAGAUGACUUCACCAUCAUGAAGAGAGCGAUUUAUGCCACACAGAGAACCAGUCUUCCUCCGGUGACCACCCACAAUAUGCUGGACGACUCGACGGAUCCGAUCCUGUUUCAUGUCAGACGCAUCGGCCUCUUCAAUGCCAGAAAUGACCGUGUUAAGAUCAUUUUCCACCCUGAGUUCCUCUCCUCCACCAGCCCACUGCUACCCAUGGACUAUGAGGACUUGGCUGUAACCUGGGGUUUCCCUUCCUAUUAUGGGCCAUGGGGAUACACACCUGGUGAGUGUACUGUGAUGGGCAUCCCCAGUGUCACCACCAAUCUUUCAGGGUUUGGCUGCUUCAUGGAGGAGCAUGUCUCCGACCCUGCUGCCUAUGGUAUCUACAUCGUCGACCGUCGAUUCAAAUCCCCCGAGGAGUCGUGCAACCAGCUGACCCAGUUCAUGUUUAGCUUCUGCCAGCAGUCUCAUCGUCAGCGCAUCAUCCAGAGGAACCGGACUGAGAGGCUGUCGGACCUGCUUGACUGGAGAUAUUUAGGACGGUUCUACACCCACGCCCGUCAUCUGGCCCUGAGCAGAUGUUUCCCAGACAAAUUCAAGACGGACCUCAAAGGCCCACAAAAGACAGAGGGUUUCAGAUAUCCCCGGCCAUCUUCAGUGCCUCCUUCUCCCUCUGCCUCCCUCCGCUCUACCCCACACCACAGCGAUGAGGAGGAUGAUGAUGAUGAACCGUACAAUGAGGAAGAUGAGGCAGAGAGGGACCGGCUGAACAUCAAGCUUCCUUUCAUGCUGGGAGCUGUGCCAGAGGGCAAGAAGAAGCAGCCUGGAGAGUCCGGGAAUUAA